AAAAAAAAAAAAAAAAAGAGUUUUAAAAAAAAUAUCAAACUACAGAAACUAAACAUCAAAGACCUUUAUUAUAACUAGCCUGCUUGAACUACUUUGAAGUGUCCAAGUAAAGGAACUCACACAAAUCUCACUUAAAAAUGGCCGAGGAGCCAAGAUUCCAAGAGGAAGAAACGGUUUCAGAUAGAAAUAUCACUGAUUUACUCAAUGAACCGCGUCCUAGCAUCGAUGAAUAUCUGAUAUCCUUAAGUCAGGAUGAUUCAAAUACUGAUAGCGGCUCAGAAUUGCCCUCAUUACAUGACUCGUCGCAUUUAAAUCAAUCCCCCUACCAAUUUCAACAGGAAAUCAACAAUCUUAAAAAACAAAGUAAUAUUCGAUUCAAAAGUAAAUGGGAAGAAAUUUUGUAUAAAUAUUCUCAAAUAGAUGAUGAAAAGGAAAGUGAUGAAAUAGACCUACUCACAGGGGAGAUUAUCACAGACAAUGGUCAUCUACGUUCACUUCUCUCCGAUGAUGUGAAAAUGGGAGAAGUUGCAGUCCAACGAAACAUAUGGUCAGGUACCUAUGAUUCAGAAAAAGAUAUUCAGAAUAGAAGAAAAUUAGAGAAAUCAAAGCAAUUAGCCAAACAAGACUUGAAAGAAAAGUUGAAAGAGAAACAAAUGUUUCAUAUAACGAAGUCACCAAAUUCUUAUAGAAAUAUCUCCCGUGGACAAGGACGUGCUCCAGAGGAUAAUCUAAUAAUUGCAAAACCUUCUCCAACCAAGAAACAACGUAUAUCACCUACAAAAUUUAACUCAUUUGACGUAAGCCUCAAUGAAAGUCUAGCUCAUAGGUUGUCUCCAUCUAAGUCUUUGAAAAAAGAUGACUCUCCAAGCAAGAUCACAUUAAACACUCUAAAUAUACAUAGUCCUAAUCCUUCACCCACUAAAAAGUCGCCGAACUCUGCAAUUAAACAGAAAUUCGAUCAUCAAAUGAAACAGGAUCUUCAUGAGACUGAUGCGUCAGAUUAUUCAGAGCAAAUAUGGGGGGAUGUCAGGAAAUCCUCGUUGUCUACAUAUGAAACGAAAAGAAGAAUCAUGGAUGAGAUUCACCUGGGUAUCAUCGACUCUGAAGAUGUGCCUGUGCAAUCUCCUUUUGGUUCCAGUUUUUAUCGAGUCCAUAAUAAUUCCAAUGAAAGACCCCAUCAAAGACACCAACAAAGACCCCAUCAAAGACACCAACAAAGACCCCAUCAAAGACACCAACAAAGACCCAAGAAAGAAGAAAUCAUUCCAUAUGCGAAAGAAGCAAUAAUAAAAGUCGAUGAAAGCGGACGUAUAAGCUACUUACGGGAUGAUGACAUAAGUAACAAUAGUUGGUAUAAAUGUGCGUUUCCUGAAUGUUCAUUCGUUGAAAAGGGAGAAAUUCACUACCGAUCUCAUUUACUUCGGUCCCAUUCCGCCGCCCUUCGUUUAGUCGGGUAUCCCAUACCCUUUGGACCAAUUGCCAAUCAUAUAUCAGAAUCAUCUAUAUCAAAACUUUUGAAGUAUUUUCCUUUAGUUUAUACAUUACCUGAUGAAAGGCAUGCCGGAACCACUGAUCAGCUUGAAAAUUAUCUAUUCUCAUGUCCUGUUUUAGGCUGCAACUAUUCGACUAAAAAAGGUUACAUUGGAAUGAAAAACCACUUCCUAAAAUGUAAGCAUUAUAUGCCAGUCAAAUUAAGAAAUCUGCCUAGUCUAGAUGAAAUGUCCCCGGCCUCAGUAUUACCUGAUGUCUCAAAUGUCAAAUCCAAAAGGAAAUGGAGUAACGACGACCCUUUUUCGCAUAUAAAAGAAGAAAUUGAUGAGAUGUUCAGUGAAGCUGAUGUUGAAAGCGAUAAUACAGAAAGUGAAUCAGUCAGUGGUAGCGAUUCAGAUCAGGACUGCGAGUCAGCAGAUGAAUCUUCCUCAGAGAAAGCCAUUCAAUCCGAAUCUGAAUCUUCACACAUAGCUGAACCUUCUGAUGAUGAACUUGAUCCUGUAUUCACCGAACAUCUAAAGCAUUAAAAAUAUGUAUAAGAAAGUCUUACUUGGUGU